AUGGAUAGCGACUUGGAGCACAGCGAGAGUUCGACCGACGGCAAAGGGGUCGAACACCAUGGCUCCGUCGACAGUGCUCCCUACAAGCAGCCGCAGCACCAGCACCAGCAACAACAGCAGCGGCAGAUAGAACCCAGCCGAGCGCUGUUCACUUUUUCUUCUCCCUCGGAGCCUCAACAACAACAAUACCAGAGUGGGUCGCCUUGGGGAGGAGUGGGGCCGAGCAGUGCCGGUGGCUUCCAACCAUCAGCAAACGCCUUCACGACCUGGUCGCCACAUGCGCAACAACUACCGCCACACGAUCCCUCCGCUGGCGCACCGGUAUCACUGUCAGUCGGAUUCCUUCCGCCGCCUCCGCCACCAUUAGAGUCCUCACAUAUUCUCUCCGAUGCCGAGCAAAAGUCCUUUGCAGAAUUUCUCAAUGCAUUUGAGAACGAGGCGUCUAUCGAGCCGCCUCCUCCUCGCCAGCAACAGCAGGGAGAUGUGGUUGUUGAACAGCAGCAACACCAACAGCAGCGGCAUAAACCGGCACCGCUAGAAAUUGGCUCGUCUCAGCAACAUCAGCAACAGCAGAUGCACUUUGCAACCGUAGCCCAGCAUCCCGCGUCCGAGCAACGGCGGUCGUCACUCAUUCCGAAUGUAGCUGCUCUCCCCUACCUUUCCACAGAUCAAACGUCGAUCAUCAUCCCCUCCGGAUCGCCGAAUCGCAUAAAGUCGCCGACCGUGCUCAAUCCUCCCCAAAUAUCACAUCAGCAACAACAGCAGCAACCACCAGCGAGGUAUACUAUGGCAAUUUACCAAGAACAGCAUCGUUUGCAUCAGCAGCAAAUGCAGGCGCGUAGUAUGCACGCCGGGAUGGGAGGACAGGCGCCGCAGGGACAGCAGCAUGUGUACGCUCAGUUGCAGCAACAGCAGCAGCAGUCGCCACGGCCAAGCAGUGUCGUGCAAUCCAUGCAUCAGUCCCCGGCACAGCAAAGCCAACAACACCACAACCAACAGCAGCUUAUCUCACCGAUGGUCGACAUGCAGAUCCACAGCGCCACGGCGCCAACCACGGAUGCCAAGUCAGCCACCCCGUCACAACAACAGCAACCGCCACCCGGCUCGUCACAAUCAGCAGGCCCAUCACCAGCACCACCAACGAAUUCCCGCAAACGCCGCAGCACAGCACAAAUCGAUACGUCCGCUUUCGUGCAGUACGCCGCCAAACGCCGGCUUUCGGUCGUCUCGCAAGUCUCGUCGAAUGCCAACAGCCCGGCGUCGGCUGUCAUGUCUCCCGCCACCCCGUUUUCGGCAAACACAGGGGCUGAGGGAGAUGCCAGCGGUGAGGCUUCCGCGUCUGCACAAUCGCAACCCGCUGUGAGGGCCAAGCAGGAGCGGAAUACGGGCACACCGAUGACACCCACGGCGUCCAACAGCAGCGAUGCGCCCGGCAACACAGCGAACAAAAAAGGUGGUGGCGGCGGAGGAGGAGGGGGUGGCACCGGCACCGGAGGCACAGGUAGCGGCAAACAACUCCUAACCGAAUCCGAAAAGCGCGCCAACCACAUCGAAUCCGAAAAAAAACGACGCCAAAACAUCCGCGACGGGUUCGACCAGCUCGUCGAGAUCGUACCUGGUCUCGGGCAGUGCCAGCGGUCUGAGAGCGUCAUCCUGCAGAAAUCCGUCGAGUAUGUCGAGUACCUCCUCAGACAGCAGGCGGAGUUGCAGGCGAGGGUGGGGCAUGCGCGCGCGAUGCUGGGGAUGGGUGUGCCCGGGAUGCAUCAGGGGGGGAUGGGGCCGCCAGUGAGGAUUGCGGGGGGCGCGAUUGCGGUUAUGAGGCCGCAUGAGGUGCCGAUGCAGGGGCAUAUCGUGCCGCAGCAGCAUCAACAACAACAACAACAACAUCAGCACCUUCACCACAUCCAACAACAGCAACAACAACUGCCACACACACCGAUAGAUCCUCAGAACUGGAAACAACCCCACCACCCAACGGCCGGAGCCGCAUCCUCUGCAUCAACCACAUCAGCUUCUCCCGCGCCAUCCCCUCGUGUAGCCCAACAGCAGCAGCAACAACACCAAUCACAUACCAACACGCCCCCACCACCACAGCACGCUGACUCCCCUGUUCAAAGAUCGCACGAGGCGGAGGGGGAGAGUGUACAAGCUACUGCAUGA